AUGACGCUACGGGUCUUCGCUUUGCUUCUCACUCUUCCAGCCAUAAUACUGUCACAAUCAACAUGUGAUACGCCAUCCACCAUUGCUGGAUAUAGCAACGCCAUGCUGCCCGACCCGUUCCAGUUCCCGAACGGAACGCGCGUGACCACUGUUGACGAGUGGAACUGCCGCCGAAGCCAGAUCGCAGCCUUGGUACAAGGGUACGAAGCUGGUACCCUCCCGCCAAAGCCGUCCAGCGUCACGGGCUCGUUCUCCGGGAACACACUCACGGUGAACGUUAACAACGGGGGCUCGUCGAUCUCGUUUGCCAACACCAUCACCUAUCCUUCCGGAACGGCGCCUGCUGGGGGAUGGCCGCUGCUGAUCGCGUACGAUGGUGGUAGCAUUCCGGUUCCGAGUGGCGUCGCCGUACUCAACUACAACAUCGGCAACAUCGCACAGCAGACUGACACCACCAGCCGCGGAGUCGGCCUCUUCUAUAACCUCUACGGCAAGACGGCUACCGCAUCCGCGAUGACCGCCUGGGUUUGGGGUCUCAGCAGGAUCAUCGACGUCCUCGAAGUGACGCCAGCGGCCAUGGUCAACACCGCCAAGCUCGCGGUUACUGGUUGCUCCCGCGACGGCAAGGGCGCGCUCAUGGCUGGCGCCUUCGAGCCCCGCAUCGCCCUCACAAUCGCGCAGGAGUCCGGCGCGGGCGGCGACGCCUGCUGGCGCAUCACGAAGACGGAGGGUGACGAGGGCGUUGGCGUGCAGCCCUCGACGGAGAUCGUCCAAGAAAACGUCUGGUUCUCGACCAAUUUCAACAACUACGUCAGUAACCUGAAUGUCCUCCCGUACGACCACCACCUGCUCGCGGCGAUGAUCGCCCCCCGCGCGCUGCUCUCGUACGGCAAUACGGACUACGCGUGGCUCAGCCCGAUGAGCAGCUGGGGCUGCAUGAACGCCGCGCACACGGUCUGGCAGGCGCUGGGCGUGCCGCAGAACCACGGGUUCGUCGAGGUCGGCGGGCACGCGCACUGCGCGUUCCCGACCUCGCUCGUGCAGGGUUUGGACGCCUUCUUCGACACCUUCCUAUUGGGCCAAACCGUCAGCACCGAUUACUUCAGCACGAACAAUGUGUUCGGAAGUGCUCAGUGGGUUCCGGCGAACUUCAUCAACUGGACGGCGCCGGCUCUCACGGGAUCGUCUACUUCGUCUUCCACCUCGGUCAUCUCCUCAAUCACCCCCACCCCCGUCCCUACCACCUCACCAACAACGGUUCCAACUACGUCUGCUCCAGCACCCACCGGUGCACCAGUUGCGAAGUGGGGACAGUGCGGUGGUAUUGGUUGGACGGGGUCCACAACUUGCACGUCCGGAACAACAUGCACGGUACUUAACGCCUAUUACUCGCAAUGCCUAUAG